AUGAUGGAUCAGCUGCCCGGUCUUCUCGCAGACCGCUUGGUCCUGGCUGCUUCCAUGCUGGUGAUUCUUGCGAGCGUUUGGCUGUUCUCGAAUUUCUUUGACUACAGCAACAAGUUGCCCCUGUUGGGCAGAGAAUAUGGAAAUUCGGAAAAACGACGGAAGGCUUACCUCGCCGGUGCGGCGAGGCUUUAUGAGAAGGGCCAUAAUCUUUUCAAAACCAAGCCCUAUCGGCUGACAACGAUGGACGGCGAGCGUAUUGUGGUGCCGCUGUCGGUAUUGGAUGAACUGAGGCGUUUGCCAGAGGAUCAGCUUAGUAUUGCCGAAUCCUUGCAGAGAGUCACCGAGACACGAUACACUGGCGUCACGGCGGAAUGGACACUUUUGGCCCAUAUCAUUCGCUCCGACCUAACGCAGAGCCUCAAUCGCCUCCUUCCCAAAAUGGCCGAGGAAGUGGAUCGAACUGUGAAGGAGGUCAUCGGCCCGUGCGAUGACUGGACGUCUGAAGUGGUUUAUCAGCAGCUCCUGAAGAUCAUCGCCAUCGUUUCUGGAAGCGUAUUCUUGGGUCCGGAUCUAUGCAGGCGCAAUGAGUACCUCCACGCUAGCAUUAAGUAUACGGUCGAUGCAUUCCGAGGCAUCGGAAAGCUCAAAAAGUGGCACGAGCUCUUGAGACCAAUUGGCCAAUUCUUCACUUCAGAGCUGAAGACGAUCGCGGAGCAUCGCCGAAAAGCCCGAGAGUUCCUCAUUCCCGUCAUUCGUGAACGGAAAGCUGCCAUGGAAGCCGGCCGCGAGCUCCCUGACGAUCUACUUCAGUGGAUGAUGAAUAAGGCCGAUAAGUUGAAGAUCAGCGAGACCCAGCUAGCUGACGAACAAUUGUCUGUCAGCAUGGCGGCUAUUCACACAACCACCAACGCCGCUAACGACACGUUGUGUGAGUUAAUCAUACGCCCUGCACUAAUGAGAGAAGUUCGAGAUGAAAUCAUUAGAGUCCUGAGUGAUAAUGGCGGCAUAUUUACGCCUCACGCUCUUUUCGAGCUGAAACUGCUUGACAGCGUAUUGCGAGAGACCCAAAGAUUCAAUGGCUCAGGGAAGAUCCGCUUUCCACGAUGGGUCAAGAAGCCGAUAACGUUGAAGGACGGCACAUACAUCCCUAGGGGUUAUUUCAUUGAGGCCCCAUAUACUGCGAUCGUGUCUGACCCUGAACUAUAUCCUGACUCCGAAGUGUUCGAUCCAUACAGGUUCCUGAACCUGCGGAACGGUAAGACAGAGGACAAAAUCAACUACUCCAGCAGGGAGCAGUAUCAAUUUGUCAAUGUUGCCAAAGAGAACAUGGGCUUUGGCUUUGGACGACAUGCAUGCCCUGGCCGUUUUUUUGCGGCGGCUGAGCUGAAGCUCAUUCUAGCCAAUAUCAUACUGCACUAUGACUUGCGAAUGCCCAACGGAGCCACAGGAGGAUACCAGAAUAGUGGCUCAGGAGGACGUCUUUCCAAGGACCCGGAAAAUCAGAUGGAGUUCAAGAGGGUUCCAGGAAAUGAAGAAAACCCAUGA